AACAUUGUCUCAUAACUUAUAAGUUAUAACUAUACCAUUAUAGUUUAAUAGGUACUUUAAUUAGAUGUAUAAAAUGUCAAAGCUUAUUAAAUUUGAUUCAUGUUUUGCUUUACUAAACUAAAGUUCUUAUUGCUUUAUUUAUUAGGUACAAGCUAAAAAGGUCUAUUUUGUAGGUAUAUAAAUUAUAUAACUACUAUGAAAUUCUGAUUGAAGGCCGUGCAAUAGUGUUGAGAGGACAAAAACAUGGACGUGGCCGAGUUGCAGCACGAGAUAAAUCGGCUUACGCGUGAGCUUGACCAAGCUCAUACAGAAAAGGUCCAGUCGGCCACUUAUGGACUAAGUAUAUUGGAAGAAAAACAAUCAUUAACAAAACGUUAUGAAGAACUGGAGAAUUUAUAUGAGAAUGUGAAACAAGAAUUAGAAAUCACUCAAGAGGCUUUGACAAAAUUUCAAACCUCUCACAAAGUAACCACCAAAUCUGGUAUAGAACAAGAAGAAUCGCUGUUGUAUGAAACAGCAGCUUUAGAAUCAUCAUUAAAUACCACAAUUAUAGAGCUUGAAAAUGAUACUAAAUCGUUACGACAAGAGUUGGAACGUGUUCGCAUGGAACGUGAUCAAGCCAUCCAAGAAAAUAAUGACUUAUCAAGGUUGAGUAAUGAGUCUAAUCAUGAUUCUAAGCAACUUCGCGCAGAUCUACGUGAAGUCAAAUCCCGUGAAACUCGGUUACUUUCAGAUUAUUCAGAACUAGAGGAAGAAAAUAUAACUUUACAAAAACAAAUUGCUCAUUUGAAAUCUUCUCAGGUUGAAUUUGAGGGGGCAAAACACGAAAUACGUAGACUGCAAGAAAAUGUUGAACUGUUGUACUUACAAGUUGAUGAACUAGCGAAGUUGAAAAAAAUUGCUGAAAAACAAAUGGAAGAAGCUCUGCAAUCAUUACAAGGUGAACGCGAAGCUAAAUACGCGUUGAAAAAAGAACUUGAUCAACGUAUCAACAAUGAAUCAGUUUACAAUCUCAGUAACUUAGCUUUUAGCAUAAGAGGUAUGGGCGGAGACCAAAAUGUUGGUAGCGAUGACGAAGAUGAUUUGCCUGUGUUACGUAAACUUGAAAACGAUAUUGGCUCAACUAUGGAAUUACCAGAAUGUGGAAAACAUGAUUUGUUCAGUGAAAUACAUCUCAAUGAAUUGAAAAAACUGGAAAAACAGUUAGAACAAGUGGAAAACGAAAAGAGCUUGUUAACACAGAAUCUUAAAGAGUCUCAAUCAGCAUCUGAUAAAUGUAAAUCAGAUUUGGAAAAUUUAGCAUCUCGUAUAUAUAAACUUGGAUCACACAUACGGUCUUUGGAACAUCUUGGUACUCAAACCAGUAAAAUAGAUUCUGACCAUAAGACUGAAGAUGGAAAAUCAAAUGCAACUUUGGAAUAUUAUCAACAAUGGUUUAGUUUAGCAUCUAAAGAGAUUGACCAGCUUCAUGGUGAUCUAGAAGAACUUGAACGACAGUUAAAUUCGUCUGAAGAAACCUUAUCAUUAAAAGAUGAAUUAAUCAUGCUCAAAAAUAAAUUAUUAGACAGAGAACAAAAGACAAUGGAACUUGAGUCAAAUGUUCGCUUGUUGGGAGAAUUGGCUACAGAUGCUAGUGCUUCUUUAGAUAAUGCACAAAAUGACCUUGUAGUCAUCACUGACGAAUUGGCUCAACUUGCUCUCCAAAUGUCUGUGUUGAAUGGAAAAUCUAUAACAUUAAAUACUAUUGUCGUAAAAACAGCAAAAGAAACAGAAGAAAAUGAUCCCCGCCUAGAUGUAUUACGAACGCGACUCAAGUCUGAUGUUUUCAUAAAAGAAUUAGAAAGUCUAACUGAAGCUUCAUUUGUAGCUAAAAGUCUGAGAAAUGUACUUGAUCAAAUCAAAUUGCUUAAAGAAUCUGUAAACAUAUCAAUAGAUAAUGCUAAAGCUGUUAAUCGAGAUAAUAAUGAUGGCCAAAGAAGUUUAAUGUUGGACAAUAAUGAUGAAUUGUCUGAUCUCCGAGAACAAGUAAUGAAAUUACAGUCUCUCUUGGCAACAAAGCGAGAACAAAUAUCAUCAUUACGCAUGGUUCUAAAGACUAACAAAAAUACUGCCGAAGUAGCAUUGAAUAAUUUGAAAUCCAAAUACGAUAACGAGAAAAUGGUUGUUACUGAAACCAUGACCAAGUUACGUAAUGAGCUGCGUACACUCAAAGAAGAUGCUGCUACAUUUUCAAGUUUGAGAGCUAUGUUUGCUGCACGGUGUGAAGAACAAGUGACUCACAUGGAUGAUUUACAGCGACAGUUAGUUGCUGCUGAAGAAGAGAAAAAGACACUUAAUCAGCUGUUGCGUUUGUCUGUGCAACAAAAAUUGAUGGUCACCCAACGAUUAGAGGAAAUUGAAAUGGACCGAGAAAUGAAAAACGUACGACGAUCAAUGGGUACACCUAACUCUUCAACACCAUCAAAAACCUCAAAAAGGUAUAGUCAGCCUCAACGCCGAGACUGGUGAGAAAUUAUAUUUUUAGUAUUAUCAUGUGUGAAAACAAAAAACAAAACAAAAAACCUUAUUUGUGAUAUUUCUCACCUGUUGUUGGUAGGGUUGAUCAAAAUAAGUGUAAACCGUCCUCUAUACAGUUUUUAUUUUUAAACUAAGUCUUGACAUUAAAUAUUGAGUCCCUUUAUAACCGUGGUUUCAAUAUCCGUCCUGUUUUUGAAUAUCCGGUUGUUUAUAUUACGCAUUGAAUUGCCGUCCUAACUUGGUUCUCUGGUAACCUCUGUUUAAUUUUUUAAUAUUUUCUUAAAUAUUACCUUUAUUAUUAUUAUUAUUAUUAUUAUUAUUAUCACUGGAUUAUAGAGUUUUAUUUAUUGAUUGACAAUAUUUUCCAAUGACUUAUUUUAUUUAUUUAAUAAAUUUCAUUUAAUAUUGUUACUCAAAAAAAGUAUUUUCUCAUGUGUUACAAGUAUUAUUAUUAUUAAAACUAUUACUUUUUGUUGGAAACACGUCUUCAUAUUGUCGAUUUUAAGAAAAAAAUCUAUCCACCCACGGCACAUAAACAUUAGUUCGUCUUUCGUUCCUUGCAAGCUCAAUGAAAAUAAACAAUGGUGCCAUAAUAUUUUCGUGCAUUAAUACUAAUAAUUAAAAUUUAUUUAUUUAUUAUUAUAAUAUUGUAGUUUACUAUUAUUCCAUUUUUAUAAUUAUUCCCAUUUAUGGCAGCCAGUUUCGUAUGUGCAAUAUACAAUUAUACACUUUUGUAUUUUAUUUUGUUGUCAAACUAGUUUUAAGAUGUUUAAUUAUUAUUAUUAUUAUUUUUUUUAAUUUUAUCCGUUUUAUAGACUUAUGUUAAAAAUAACAAGAACAAACAUGUUGCAAUAUUUUGUAUGAAUCUAAAUUAAUUAUUAUACGUUAUUUCUUAAAUGUAAAAUUGAAUUAUAAAGUUUCUUUAGUACUUACCAAACUUAACUACCUGUAGGGUAACCUACCCUGUAGGUUGAAAUCAUGUUUUUUUUUUUUUAAAUUGUUUUUAUUUCGUUUAUUAUUAUGCUGUACUUACUGUUUACUUUUUUUUUCUAUCCGUUGAACAGAAAUUUAAAAAAAAAUUGAAGUUUCAAUAUUAUUAUGUAACGUUAACAUUAAAAUUAAAUGGUGUAGGGACAAUGUGUAUCUAUGUUAUUUUAUUGAUCAAUCAUAGUUGAAUAUUCUAUUAUUAUAUGAGAGUUUAGGUGUUUAGCGUUUGGGAAUAGAAUAAUUUGUAAAUUUUUUAGGGAUUUUAUUUUGUUUUCAUUCACUUCAUAAUUUUUAACCUUAAACUAUAAAAAACUACGGAAAACAGUGUUGUGAAAUAUCAUUAAUUAAUAGACCUAAUAUAAACUUUAAUAAUAUAGUAAUAUUAAAGAAUUUGUGGGGAAAAUCUAUCAUUUAUUUAUGUAAUACCAUGUAUAUGUUAGUAUUCAAUAAAUUAUACUUUAAGUCUAUGGAUAAUAAUACAGUAGAGUUUUGAUUGACCAAACAAGUUAAGGGGAACAAUGGUGACAGAAUAAUCUAAACUUUUAGUAAGGUGGGGUUUAUUUAAAAUAAUCGAAUUAAGUAAUUUUAUUAAUAUUAAUAAUUGUGUGUAUCUGGAAGAUUUGACAAUUUCUCAUUUAAAUUUUCAUAUUUUCCAGAUACAUCCUGUAUAUACUCACAAUAUUUUAAUUAUAAAUAUAUAUUUUAUUUUUAUUAUUUACUACAUACAAUUUCAUUGAAUUAAUUUUUCAUAAAAUGAUACAUUUUUAAAUUCUUUAAUGGUUUUUCUUCUUUUUGAUCAGUUUGUUGGAUAAUUGAUGCUCUGCUGUAUUAUUAAAAUAUAAAACGCAUAGUUUCUGCUUACUCAUAUUAAACAAACUAACAUUACUGUAAAAUGUAUACAUAUUAAUAUAUUAUGCUAGAAGCGCAACCAUUGGGUGUUGAAUAAUAUAUAUCUAAUAUCAUUGAUUAAUUGCUUUCUGUAAUUGAUCAAUGCCUAUAUUAUGUGAUCAUCACCCUAUAUAUUUUCUAUUUUUUUUCUUGUUUAAUCGUUUUAUAACAUGGGACCGUAAUUGUACUAAUGUAUUAUAAUAGUGUUUGGUUUUGUUUAGUUAUUUGUAAUUUAAGUACUCGAUGACACAACCUUAAAAAAUGUCUAGUUGCAUCCCUGCAUAGUGGAAGUAAAAUGUAUGGAUUGAAUUUUGGGCUAGUCACUGAAUAUCACUAUGAUACAGGCUAUUACAUCACAAAUAAUAUAAUUAUGUAUAUGGUAUACCUGUGGGCUAUGUUUAUAUUUAAGUUUCUCAAUUCGGUAAAAAUUGUAUUUUUAUUAAAAUAUAUUGUAUUAUACUUUGUUAAUGUUCUCGAAAACAGACUUUUUUGGGGCUACCUCAAAAUGCAAUUACUUUAAUAGUUUAAUAAAAUUGCAUAAUAUAAUAUAUUAAUAUCUA